AUGGGUAAAGGAGAACUAGUAUCACAAAGUUCACCGGCAUCCAACAGACUACUAAUUAGUAGACGAAUUAGUAAAAUAUUCAGAAAAUUGGCGAAAGAUAUAAAAGUAAUAAAUACCGAUAAGGAACCCCAACCAACAUAUGAAUCAAACCAUAACAGUAAUGAAAAUGAUAUCAAACCGAAGUCAGUAGGUUGUGAAGAGGAAAUCCCCUCUGAGGACAGUGAUUUGAAAUACAGUUGUGAAGAAUAUUCUUCUCCUAGUAUACAUACAAGUCCGAGAUCUGUAUCAUCCUCAUCACCAGUAUCAGUACUGUCAAAUCGAAUGAGAAUAAGUCCUACCACAACGCAAGCGUUUCAGCAUCCACUUGCAAAAUCAUCAAAUGAAAGCAUUUCACCUCGAAAAAUCAAGCCUUCACCUAAACAAAUCAAAAAUUCAAUGAAACUUAAAUCGAAACACAGAGCUGAACAGUUUUCAAAUGAAUUCAGUGAUCAGCAAGAAGACUUGAAUUCAGUGUCCUUAAGUGAUAAAGUCAUCGAAAGUAAAGAGAAUGAAUAUGAAGCGAUGGGACAGUUGGAACCAUGGCCUAUAGCUACUGACUUAAGUUUCCUACGAAGAAAAAAUCAGUUAUAUGAUAUCAAUGAUGAAGAUAUUCCAGUGUCAUCAAAUUUAAUUAUAAAAAUACAUGCAGAAUAUUUAUUAAAUGCAUUAAAACAAUCUACUGUUCAGUUAUCAAGGAGAGAUUUAGAAAUACAACGUUUAGCAGCUAUCAACAAACGUCUAGGUGAACAGUACAUUAUGGAUAAAGAAAGAAUACUGAUAGAGAACAAACAAUUAGAAGCAGAACUUUCAGAAACACGUCAAAUGCUAAUGACAAUACAAGAAAGAGACAAUCAAAUUAUCCGACAUAUUGGACGUGUUGAAGCUGACAUUAAAGAGAAUACAUUGAAUAAACAUAAUGCAGAUGGAAUAAUAGCCAAUUUAAAGGCAGAACUAGAAAGGAAACAAGCCAAAAUUGAUGCACUCACAGUGAAACAGCAUAAAGAUGCUGCUCGUGAAAUAAAAACACGGAUUAUUCUUAAUGAAUUGAUUGAAUUAAAAGGGAAUAUUCGUGUCAUUAUCCGAUGCAUAUCUCGUUCAAAUGAAGAAAGUGCAUUCACCAGUGUUGAAGAUGAUACUUUAAUUUUAAAACCAAUAUCAAUGAUAUAUCCCUUACAAGAAUGCGCUAAACGACCUAUCAUACACUUCUUUAAAGUUCAUCGUCUAUUUCCACCGAAUACACCACAAAAAUCUAUUUAUACAGAAGUUAGUGAAUUGAUUACAUCAUGCGUGGAUGGAUAUACUGUAGCUAUAGUAACGUAUGGUCAAAAUGGCACAGGAAAAACCUAUACAAUACUUGGUGCACAAGGUAAACCAGGGAUUAUUCCAAGAGCAGCUCGUCAGUUAUUUACAGAAUGUCAACAACGUCAACCUGCUUGGACGUAUAGAUUAAGCAUAGCGGUUGUACAAAUAUACAAAGAGAAUAUUAUCGAUUUGCUGGCUGAACCAGAACAACCAACUAAAAAGCAUCAUCUGAAAAAGAUCACAAUACACGAUAAUGGGGAACAGAUUAUUUUACAUGGUGCCACUGAAAAGGAAGUUAGUUCAGAAGAAGAAAUUUUAGAAGUUAUCCAUAAGGCUAGAUUACGUCGAUAUGCUUCCUCGAAAGUACUCCAAGCAUCCUUAUCGAAUCUACACUUUAUCAUUAUUAUACGUGUUCGAGGAGCCUGUCUACUUGCAAAUCAUGCCAGUGAAAUACAUCAAUCAACACCAAGACAUGUGGUUAGCUCGACCAAUAUGAGCGCAAAUACAACAGGAAUUCCUUUGCAAUACUUGAAUACACCAUCGUCACCAGCAUAUGAUGCUCUCCAGUUAAAUAAGAAUGCUAAAGGAAGACAGGAGAAUAGAAAUUUACUAUUUGCCACUCAUGGUCUACUGAUGUUUGCUGAUUUGGCAGUAGACAAUAACACUAGCAAUGAUAAAUCUCAUGCAGUCAAAUGCAUGGAUACUUCUCUGGUGGUACUGAAUCGUGUCAUGACAAGCUUAAGUGAAAGAGAAGCAGCAUCACGAAAACAUGUACACAUACCAUUUAGAGAUUCAAAGUUAACGCAUAUCCUUAAACCAGCUUUGUCUGGUGAUGCAAAAUUUCUACUGAUCAUCACAUUAGAUAUUCAAAAAUCCCACUUGAACACAAGUUUAAAAAGUCUACAGUUGGCUACAACUGCUUCUUCUAUCUGUCUAGGUAAAGCUAAACAAAAUAUUGCUGAUAAGAAGGGUAUAUACACAUCAUUAUAUCCAUAUGCAUCACGUGUUGAUUGA